AUGUCAAAAGAGUCGCGAAACCUGGUACGGUUAAGGCUUGUUCAAAAGCCACUACGUCAGGGUGUGAAUCUCGGUGACCCCGGUAACAUCCAGGGCGUUCCUACCGUUGACUUUAACCUUACAACACUUGGGGAGGAGGACAAACCCUGGAAGCGCCCUGGAGCAGAUAUCACAGACUACUUUAAUUACGGCUUUACUGAAGAAACCUGGACCCAGUAUUGUGAGAAACAGAAGAUCCUUCGUCAAGAAUAUACCAAUUCAGCUUUGAAACCGGUCGUAGUUGGGGCCGCUGCCGGUCUCGGAUUCAGUGGCCUCACGCAGGCACAGCGUAAUCGCUUCGUU